UUUGACUUUCUUUCCGACAUGUUGCAUGCCUUUUACAUUCAAUUUCUCGGAUUUUACUCCAAUGAUUUAAGGUUAUUCUGAAAAUGAACGAUUGUUAUAAUAAUAAAACACCCGUAAAAUUGAUGUGGACUACUGAAUCUAAUACCCCAACUUGUCAAAGAUUGAAUCUCAAUUGCCAUCGCCAUACUCUUUGCUCUGUGAUCUAAGCCGAGGUGCGCUAACAGCUCUUUUGCAAUUCACAACUUGACUCUCCUCGCAUUCGAUUGCUCUCUUGCAGUCAGUUUGUUGCAGCAACCUUGUUUCUGCUUCAAUCACUUCUAGUUUUCAUAUCAAAAAAUCCAAAAGCAAGACAUACACUAAGAAGAAGAACAAAUGAAAAGAAACAUCUAUUGCGAAAGAAUAUGAACAACAACCAGCUUCAUGCAUAACCAACAGAGAUAAGACGUUUAUAAAACCAGUACCAGAAGCAAACGGUGAAAAUAGGAACCAGAUAAAUUAGUCUGCUGACAGAAGCAUGGAGUUUCUUUUGGCAGCUGUUUCUGGGAUUGUCGGGAAAGUAUUGGAGCUCACAGUUCAACCAGUUGGACGGCAAGCGGGCUAUAUAUUUCACCACAAAAUAAACCUUAAAAAUCUGGAGAGUCAGUUGGACAACCUAGGUGCUUCCAGAAACCGGGUGCAGCAUACAGUCAAUGAAGUUAAAAGGAAGGGUAGGAAUGUGGAUAUUGACGUCGAGAAGUGGCUGACAAGAGUGGACGAAAUUACUGGAGAGGCAAAAGAAUUGUUGAAAGAUGAACAACAAGCAAAGGCAAGGUGUCUCCAUGGAUGGUGCCCUAAUCUGUUUCUCCGUUAUCAGCUAAGCAAGAAAUCGAAAAAAAUGGUGAAGGGGGUUCUCCAACUCCAUGCAAAUAAAGAAUUUCCCAGAUUUUCUUUCAAGGCUCCCCCUCAGGAGAUAUGGAGCAUACCCACCGAAGAGUACGAGGCCUUUGAAUCAAGGGCCUCUACCGUGAAGAAAAUCAUGGAGGAACUGAGGAAUCCUAAUACCAACAUGAUUGGGGUGUAUGGGAUUGGUGGCGUGGGGAAGACCACACUCAUCAAAGAAGUUUUCAGGCAGGCUACUAAAGAGGAGUUAUUUGAUGAUGUGGUUCUUGUACUAGAUGUCAAACAGAAUCCAGACCUGGAAAGAAUUCAGAAAGAAAUUGCCGAGAAGCUUGGUCUUGAUGUUCUUGAAAAUCAGACCAUAGCUGGAAGAGCGCGAAUUCUAUGCGACAGGUUAAGAGACACGGAGAUUCUUGUGAUUUUAGAUGAUGUCUGGGAAAGAAUUGAUCUGGAGGCUUUGGGACUUCCCCGGAGGGUAUGCAAAAUAUUGUUGACAUGUAGAAGUCGAGAAAUACUAUCCUCUGAGAUGCGUACGCAAAAGGAGUUCGGGCUUCAUGUUUUAGGCGAAGAAGAAACUUGGAGCUUAUUUGAAAAGAUGGCAGGUGAUGCUGUUAAAGAUCCCGCUAUAAGAACUGUGGCAACUGAAGUUGCCCAAAAAUGUGGAGGUUUGCCAGUUUUAGUUGUCACAGUUGCAAGCGCUUUGAGAAAUAGAAGGACUUUACAUGCAUGGAAAGAUGCCUUAAGACGCUUAAAAAGGUUUGGCAAGGAAGAAUUGACAGAAAAAGUAUACUCGGCUCUAGGGUGGAGUUACGAUCAAUUGGGUGAUGAGGAGCUCAAGCCUUUGUUCUUACUCUGUGGAAUUACUGGGAGAAACUAUAUUUUUCUUGGAGACUUGCUGAAAUAUGCUAUUGGUUUGGGGUUGUUUAAGAACAUCAAUACGGUGGAAGAAGCACGAAAUGCAUUGCAUUCACUGGUGGAAAAGCUUAAGGAUGCUUGUCUGUUGUUAGACGGUUAUGAUAAUACAUCUGUCAGAAUGCAUGACCUUGUACGAGAUGUUGCUAUCUCGAUUGCAUUUAGAGAUAAACACAUAUUAUCAGCAGCUUAUGGAGAUGAGUUGAAAGAAUGGCCAGAUGAGGGUUUCUUAAAAAAUUGCAGUAUGAUCUCUUUCCCUUGUUGCAAUAUCCCUACACUUCCUGAAGCUCUGAAAUGUGGAGAACUAAAAAUGUUCUUUUUGUGGAGUAAUGAUGACUCGUUUGAAAUUCCGGAGAGAUUUUUUGAAGAGGUGAAAGAACUUAAGGUGUUGGAUUUAACCAAUCUGCGGAUUCCAUCACUACCUCCAUCUCUUCAGUUCCUAACAAGUCUUCAAACGUUAUGUUUAGAUCUAUGCGUGCUGGGAGACAUAGCUCUACUCGGACAGUUAAGGAACUUAGAGAUUCUUAGCCUUUUGGAAUCUCAAGUUAAACAGCUGCCAAAAGAAAUAGGGCAGUUGAGUCGUCUACGAUUGCUGGACUUGAGCGGUUGCUCUGAAAUUGAAGUGAUUUCACCCGGUGUUAUAUCUAGCCUGGAAAGACUAGAAGACUUGAGAAUGGGAAACAGCUUUAACCAAUGGGAGGAGGAAGGAGUCAAUGUUGAAAGAAGUAAUGCUAGCCUUUCGGAGCUGAAGCACUUGUCUCGGCUAAGCUCAUUAGACAUACACAUUCCAGAUGCUAACAUUCUUCCAGAAAACCUGUUCUCCGACAAGCUGGAAAGAUACCACAUAUUGGUCGGUGAUGCAUGGAAAUGGCAUGGCGUGGAUGAAACCUUCAACACUCUAAAACUCAAGCUUACUGCCAGCAAUCAGUUGGACGGAGGUUUGAAAAUGCUACUCAAGAGAUCUGAAGAUUUGUACUUCGACGUAUUGGAGGGUGUUAAUAAUAUUGUCUGUCAUUUAGACAGUGAGGGUUUAUUUCAGCAACUGAAACAUCUCCACGUUCAAAACAACGCUGAAACUACAUAUAUUAUUAACUCGGUCAACUGGAGUUAUUCUCAUAAUGCUUUCCCCAUCUUGGAGUCGCUUUUUCUUGACAACCUUGUUAGUCUGGAGAGUGUUUGUUGUGGCCAACUCACAGCGGAGAGUUUCCGACAGUUAAGAAUCAUAAAAGUGGAAAGUUGUCACAAGCUGAGGAAUCUCUUUUCAUUUUCAGUCGCAAGAUGCUUUUUGCAUCUUCAAGAGAUCGAAGUGGAGAACUGCGAAACCAUGACAGAGAUUGUUGCGGAAGAAAGGGAAGAUAAUUUCAGUGAUGAAGCAGUUGAUCCCCUUGAGUUCUUUCAGUUACGAUCUUUGACAUUUCGGUGUCUACCCAAUCUUAUUGGUUUCUCCUCCAAAGGCAGCAAGCCUGUUGUUACUACCGGGUUGGACGAACAAUUAACAAAUGGAGAGUUCAACAUAAUCAUUCUGGAGAAUGAGAUUGGAAGGCCCGUGCAACAGUUCAUGAAUGGUCAGGUUGUGUUCCCAAGCUUAACAAGCUUGAUCGUGGAUCAAUGCGAUGGUUUAAGAUUCAUGUUUUCAUCUUCCAUGGCUAGAAGUCUAGAGCAACUCAAAUAUCUUCAGAUAUCUCGGUGUCAUCUCAUGGAAGAGAUAGUAUCAACACAUGAAUCCGGUGAAGCAAAUGCAGAUAACAUGUUUUGUAAGUUAGAACAUCUGCACCUAGAAGAUCUUCCAAACCUUGCCAGAUUUUGUGCAGGAAGUUGCAUUGAAUUUCCGUCCUUGGAGAGAUUAGACCUACGGUACUGUCCGAAAUUGGGGGCAUUCAUCUCGAAUAAGAUGAGUAAGGAGAUCACAAUCUCUAAAGAAAUUGAAGGGAAAGGCUCAAAGGAUAAUCUCCAAACUGAUAAACCUUCCUUUUUGACGAAAGGUCGGAUAAUCUAGCUUGCACAGAUCAUUCGUCUUUCGGCCUAACCAAGUUUCUUCGACAAUACGCAUUAUUCAGACGAAGGUGAAACUGAUAGACAUGGGUGACUUGUUAUCUGGUGUAUAGAUAUAUCUGCAGUAUAUUAGGAACGUAAAUCUUGUGUAAACAUCGAUGAUAUUAUGUAAGCGUUCUUAUGUGUGUAUUAUUUAUUAACGUUUCUUGCGCUCCAAGACGCUUAUAUUUCCUUGUAAAGAGGUUUAUGUAGGAAACGUCUUGUAUAAACAUUGCAAUAACAGUCACUGUGACAGCUGAAUUGCACUUGCACUUGCACUGUCACCUCUAAAUCCCAAGUUUCUUGGUUUUGACGGGAGGUUCGAUUAAAAGAGUGAAGGAGAAGUAGAGAGUUGAGGAGGAAGUAGGGACGGUGAGGGAGGAGGAAACGGAAAGCAGUGAGCAGUGUUUAAUAUGGUGGACUCCAUUGCCCCAAAUUCAUGGGGAAGAAGACAAUGAACAGUCAAUCAUCUUCUUCUUUUUUAUUUUUAUAUUUUUAAAGUUUUUAAUUAUAAAAAAUAAAAUUUGGUUUUUUAUUAGAGUAAAUUAUAACAAUGCCCCAAGACUCCCUGCGGUCUGCUCAAACCAGUUGUGGCACUCACAGACCCUGGACUCCCUGGUGAAGAGAAAAAUGCCCCAAGAGCCUCUAGAAAGAACCUCUUAUUUGGGACAAUACCAUCGUUUUCCAUGGAUUUCAGCAGUUUCUCUAGAAACUCCUUCAUGUUGGCCUAGGUGUAAGCCUUGUAUAAAAGUUUAUACGUUGAUGCAUUUGGGCGUACCCCAAUACUAUUUGCACGCACAAAAUGCUUAUCAGCUUCCAUGGGCAAACCAUUCAUGCAGUAAACAUCAAGCAUCGCAUUAAGCGUUGAAAACUUUCACUCCCUUCCAGAUUCAGCCAACCUGUCAAAUACCUCCCUAGCUUUUGAAACACAAUCACAUAACCCAUACGUCAUGACAAGACUCUCAUAUGUUACGAAGCUUGGCGUGUAUUUCAUGUCAGUCAUCUUCUGCAAUACAUGUUCCGCUUUCUCCUUAAGCCUUGCCUUACCAUAAUUUAUGAUCAUUGAAUUAAACGUAGGGAGUGUUGGCUUACCUGUUCCAUCUUAUCGAAUUGUUGCUUCUUCCCAUAUGAAUCAAUCAGCAAAUUAAGGGUGAUGAUGUCAGGCUUACACUGAUUACUUUUCAUGCGAGAAAGCACAGAUUCCAUUUCUCUGAUAUUUCCAUUCUUCCCAUAUGCAUCCAUUACACCAUUAUACGUAUAGAUAUCAGGGGAAGCAACGCUCUCAUCAAGAUCCUUAAACAAAGCAUUAACUUUCUCUACAUUUCAAGAUUGUGCAAAAGCUCUCAAAAGAAUGUUGUAUGUCACAACGCUGGGUUGGCACCGUUCCAUUCCCUUCAUCUUGUUAAAGUAUCCGAGAGCUUUGUCCAAAGCCUUCGCUUCAUCCUUGGAGUUAAGGUGGGCUGAGAUGAGUGCAUUGUAAACACAAGUAUCAGGCCGGCACCCACUAUUAUGCAUCUCAGAGAAAAGCCACAUUGCCAUCCGAGUUUGGCCUUUCUUUCCCAUAACCGAGAUCAAUUUUGAAUACACGCCAUUAUCAGCAACAUACCACCGCUGUCUUUGCAUCCAUCUGAAUACCUGAGUGUGGCUUAUGUACGUGAAACUAUCUUCCAUCCUAUCACAAUUGCUGCUAGAAAAUACUCACACAGGAACUGACAUGUCUUACAUAAAAGUAGCAGUAUACCACUAUCAAAUGCACCGAAACGUAAAAACUAACUGUUCACAUUACAAGCACAUCGAACUCACACGAUUUCGAAAAACCCAUAAAAUUCAUGCCACUGCCAUUAUUUAAAAUGUCCGACCGUGUACUCAAAAUGCCUGCUCUAAAACAUAUACAUUUCUCCUUGCAUUCUAUUACCCUAUAUAGUGUAUCAUGCACAAUAACCAUACAUACCAAAUUCACAUCGUUUAGGAAGCUGAUUUCCACACACCAUUUUUAGCCUCCCACACGUCUCUCUUUGUUUCUGGUCAUCGGAUUGAAUAAAUCAAACAGAAACAAUGACAACAUUAAGCAGUAAGAGGAGAAAAAGGGUGUCCUUAUCAUUUCCCCAUCGAUUAAUCAAGUUUUCGACUAUUAAUGGCGUUCACAGAUCAAACCACAGCAAAAAAAUCAAACAAUUUAAAUU